AUGGCUGGUUGGUGCUUAGAGCCUGACGCUGAAGGCGUAAAAGACACUGAACACGACCAAGGCGCUGAAUACAAGGCUGCUGAAGGCGACAAAGACACAGCAGGCGUUGAAGACGCUGAUGGUGACAAAGACUCUGAAGGUAAUAAAGACGCCAAAUAUUGCAAAGACACUGAAAUCAACAAAGACACUGAAAGAAAAAAGACGCUCGACAAAGACGUUGAAGGCAACAAAGACACUGAUGGCGACACAGAGUCUUUAAGCAACAACUGCGCUGAAAUCGACAAAGACGAUAAGGGGACAAAGACACUAAAGGCGGCAAAGACACUAAAGGCUAAAAAAUCUCUUAAGGUGGCAAAGACACUAAACGGCAAUGACAAAGACGCUAAAGACGACGUAUACGUUAAAGGCGACAAAGACGCUGAAGGCGCUGAACACGACCAAGACACUGACAACAAGGCUGCUGAAAGCGACAAAGACGCUGGAGGCGACAAAGUCACUGAAGGCGACAAAAACCCUAUAGUUGACAAAUACUGCAAACGCAUUAAAGGGCGCCGAUGGCAACAAAAUCGCUAA